UCACUCCAUCCUUUUUCUCUCUAAAAAAAAAAAACUCAAAAGUGAAGCGAGCUUUCUUAGCUAUAGAGCCAGAAAAAAUAUAUAAUUGUUUUCACUUUGUGGGUAUUUUUUUUUGUUUGGUGGGUGGGAAUCUGAUUGUUUUGGUGUAAGAUUUUGAGAAGAAAAAAAGAAACAUCUUCUUCCGAUGGCAGAGGUUUUGAGCAAAACCAAUUUGGUUUCUUCAUCAUGGCUUCACAAUCGUCAGCGGCAAAGUAUUUCAUUUUUUCCGAAGAGUUGCAAGUUCAACAAUAAAUCGCCGGCUUCUUGUUCUCUGAAACUCAAAUCCAAGGCGUCAUCAUUUUCGUUUUCGUCAAACAGCGGUUUUUAUGGCAAAAGCGUUGUUCUUCAACAAGAUGAAGCGAUGCCCAGAAGAGGGAUCUCCCUAUCCCGAGCUUCUGUUACCAGUUCUCAGACGACUCUUAGAAUUGGGAAGGCACAAAAAUGGUGGGAAAAGGGUUUGCAACCAAACAUGAAAGAGGUAAAUUCUGCGCAGGACCUGGUAGACUCCUUAUUGAACGCCGGGGAUAAGCUUGUGGUUGUUGAUUUCUUUUCUCCUGGUUGUGGAGGUUGCAGAGCUCUUCAUCCCAAGAUAUGUCAAUUUGCAGAGAUGAACCCAGAUGUUGAAUUUCUUCAGGUGAACUAUGAGGUUCACAAAUCCAUGUGUUAUAGCCUUAAUGUUCAUGUUCUACCUUUCUUUCGCUUCUAUAGAGGCGCACAUGGCCGUCUUUGCAGCUUCAGCUGUACUAAUGCUACGAUCAAGAAAUUCAAAGAUGCAUUGACCAAGCACACUACAGAUCGAUGUAGCAUUGCACCCACAAAAGGGUUGGAGGAGAAAGAACUCCUCGCUCUGUCUGCUAACAAGGAUCUUAACUUUAGCUACACACCCAAACCAGUUGAAUUUGAGCCUGUCCCAGCAGAGCCAGUGUCUGUACCACAACUAGAACCAUCUCAUUCAACCAAAGAGUCAAUUUCGACAAAAACUUUGAUGUUUCCUCGAGUUUCAGAGGACAAAACAUUGGUUGCUUCUGGCAGAUGAUGUGGUCGGUUUUCACCAUCCCCAUUUCCCCACUUGUACAGUACUUGCUAGCUUUGUGAGUUUUCUUUUUCUUUACAUGUAAUAUUCAUAUCAGAAAAAAGAAGACUGAGUGAAUACUGUAUGUUUGCUCCCAAUUACCCCCAUGGAUUUUGAGGUGGUGUGGAUCUUUUUUUUUUUUUGGGAUCCUUGCCUGUUAAAUGUCUAGUGUUCUGAAGAGCAACCUGUAUUAUGAUUGUUGGUUUGCUCUUUUAUGCUAUCGGAGGAAAGUAGUUUUGUCUCCUCCUUUGUGAUUGUAAAAAAGCUUAUUCUCAUAUUUAAGGAUAGAAGAUCCUUUUUUCUUCAA